AGGGAAGGAAUGAAGUAAUGUGCAACCUAGUGGCUGCUUUACGACAGUACGAAUGGCGUCUUCCCUAAUGAGACCCCUAAGUAUCCCCCAACACAUACACAUAACCUGUACAAUACAUCACUAUGAGAUUUUAAAGUCGAGUUAUAUUCUAACCACAUCCUUCCCCUUCGUUUGGUUUUGAAAACCGCUGUUUGGGGGGGUGGGUGAAUAGUUGUUCCCUGUUUGCUCAUCCUUUCUAAAAAGAAGAAAAAACUAAUCCUGACGGUGGUAUAGCUGGGGUGGGGGAAAGAUGGCCGGGAACAGCAACAAUCUUGCCUCGGGAUUUGGGGAAAUAAUCCAACUGAACGUCGGUGGCACACGGUUCUGCACCUCAAGACAAACUCUAAUGUGGAUUCCAGACUCCUUUUUCUCAAGCUUACUCAGUGGAAGGAUCUCAACACUACGGGAUGAAACUGGAGCUAUAUUUAUUGAUAGGGACCCAACAGCUUUUGCACCAAUUCUAAAUUUUCUUCGAACCAAAGAGCUAGAUCUACGGGGGGUAAACAUAAAUGUUCUCCGACAUGAAGCUGAAUUUUAUGGUAUAACACCAUUAGUCCGAAGGUUACAUCUCUGUGAGGAGCUGGAGCGAUCCUCUUGUGGAAGUGUCCUUUUCCAUGGCUACCUCCCACCUCCUGCCAUUCCCUGCCGCAAAGAGAAAAUGGCCAACGCAGCACCCAAUCUUCAGGAGGAGAGAGCAGGGCCCAGUGUGCUUGAAGUGGGUCUUCCACGGAGCAGCCCACAGCCCUCCAUCCCAGGACCCCCCAGCACUGAGGGGCCUCAGCGACUGGGGUCCCCUGUAGAUCCAAGGAAGGUGCUAAUCGUAGCAGGUCAUCAUAACUGGAUUGUAGCUGCAUAUGCGCACUUUGUCAUCUGUUACAGGAUCAAAGAGUCGUCAGGCUGGCAGCAGAUAUUCUCCAGCCCUUACCUGGACUGGGCCAUCGAGCGUGUGGCUCUCAAUGCCAAAGUGGUAGGGGGACCACACGGGGACAAGGACAAGAUGGUGGCGGCCGCAUCGGAGAGCAGCAUCAUCUUGUGGAGCAUUCAAGAUGGAGGCAGCGGCAGUGAAAUAGGUGUGUUCAGCCUGGGAGUGCCAGUGGAUUCCCUGUUCUUCAUUGGAAAUCAGCUAGUGGCUACAAGUCACACAGGAAAAGUGGGAGUGUGGAAUGCUGUCACCCAGCACUGGCAGGUUCAGGAUGUAGUACCUAUUACAAGUUAUGACACUGCAGGCUCCUUCCUACUUUUGGGCUGUAACAAUGGAUCCAUCUACUACAUAGACAUGCAGAAAUUUCCUUUACGAAUGAAAGACAAUGAUCUUCUGGUGACAGAGCUUUAUCAUGAUCCAUCAAAUGAUGCCAUCACUGCCUUGAGUGUUUAUCUCACACCUAAAACAAGUGUGAGUGGGAACUGGAUUGAGAUUGCCUAUGGAACCAGCUCGGGGGCAGUGCGGGUGAUCGUGCAGCACCCCGAGACCGUUGGCUCAGGCCCUCAGCUCUUCCAGACCUUCACAGUCCACCGAAGCCCCGUCACCAAGAUAAUGCUCUCCGAGAAACACCUGGUCUCAGUCUGUGCUGACAACAAUCAUGUGCGAACGUGGACGGUGACUCGAUUCCGAGGAAUGAUUUCCACCCAGCCGGGCUCCACUCCCCUCGCUUCCUUCAAGAUCCUGUCCCUGGAAGAAACCGACAGUCAUGGCAGCUACUCAUCUGGCAACGACAUUGGCCCCUUCGGUGAGAGGGAUGACCAGCAGGUUUUUAUCCAGAAAGUCAUCCCAAUAACCAAUAAGCUCUUUGUUCGCCUUUCUUCAACAGGGAAAAGAAUCUGUGAAAUCCAGGCGGUGGAUGGCACCACGAUCUCGUGCUUCACAGUGCGCGAAUGUGAGGGUUCUAGCAGGAUGGGUUCCCGGCCGCGCCGGUACCUUUUUACUGGCCAUGGAAACGGCAGCAUCCAGAUGUGGGACCUGACAACUGCCAUGGAUAUGGUGAACAAGGCUGAAGACAAGGCCAAAAAAGAAGCUGGUAAGGAAGCCGAGGGCCAGCUUCCUUUCUCAAGGGUUUCUUCUGAUGUGGGUGGACCGACAGAGGAGGAGUUGCUGAAGCUUCUGGAUCAGUGUGACCUGAGUGCCUCUCGCUGUGCCACCCCCAACAUCAGCCCUGCUACGUCUGUGGUGCAGCACAGCCGCCUCCGAGAAUCCAGUUCUAGCCUACAGCUGCACCCUCAUGACACCAUUCCCGAGACAGCCACCUACGGGGCAGUUCGGCCUUACAGAGAGAGCCCACUGCUGGCAAGAGCCAGGCGAACAGAGAGCUUUCACAGUUACAGAGACUUUCAGAUGUUUAGUCUGGGCAAAAGCCUGCUGGAGAGGGGCAGCUAUGAGCACGGCAGCCUGUCUCUGGUGCCCGCAGCGGAAGCCAGCCGCCCUCUAGCUGAGAGCAACUCCGCGGACAAGAGGAGCUCCGUCGUGGAGCUCUGGGCCGGCAGAGCUGCAGAAAGCCAGCCAGAGCCUCCCAAGGCGGUACCAGACAGCCCCGGGGACUCCAAGAAAAAGGGGACGGAGGAGGAGGUGGGAGAGGCAAGGCCGGAAGUCAAGAAGAAGAGCGCAUUUGAAGGAAGCUUCCUGGGCAGGAAGAGAGCACCUCCUGUGCCACAGCUAGCGUCUCCGCCUCCGGGAGCAGAGGGAGGGAGCGAAUCCCCCGGCACUGCCUCCCCCUCCCCCACCAGGAUGGCCACCUCUCCUCGUCACAAGAAGAACGACUCCUCCUGUCAGGAAUACAGUUUAUAGGACUGGAAACUGGUAACAAAGAGCACCUGGAACUGCAUAUGUGCCCAUGGGCUAAUCGUGUUACUUUGCUGACCUAAGAGUGCAUCGGCAUUUGACCAAAAUUUGGUCAAUAGCAUUAUACUUUCAACCUUAUAACCUUUCAAAAGAUAUAAUAAAUAAAAAUCGAAUGCUGCUUUCAUAAAAACAGUUCUUACAUGUUCCAGGAAAGCGGCUUGGGCAGAAGAAUUUUAUUAUAUAUGUAUUAUAUUAAUCCACGGUUGAAGAAUGAGAACUGUGCUUUGAAGAGCUAGUUUUAUUGUCCUUUCAGUAGCUAAAGAGUAUAUUAUACAUAUAUACUUACAUACUGUUUGUAUGUAUCAAUUACACAUAUGGAGACACCCAAAUGAAAAAAAAACUGUUAGGAACUCUAGGGAGUUUUCUCUGGGAUCAUGAAUUCAUGGUGAGUGGGAGUCAUGUGUGGUGAUGCACCAGGCCAUGACACAGCCGUGAUAUCCCUGCUCAUGGGAAAUGAGAAUUUAUGCCACCUUGAUGGUCAUAGCUGAUGGUAAGGAUUCAGCAAAAAAUCUGCAUGUGUGUUCUGAAGGCCAUAUAUCCAAAUUUGUAGUCAUGCCCAAACUUAGCUUACUCAUGCAGUACAAGGACAGAAAGAAAUGAGGGAAUCAUAAUUUUUUUUGUCAAGACCCAACCAGCUGCUGUAAAUAAUCCCCACUGAGCAUGUAUGAGCUGUCCUUGAUUAAUUCCCACAUAAAACGUAUUAAUUGCAAACUUGGGUGUCUGAGUACUUACAGUACGUCUAGACUCUGUAUGUGCAGAAUGACUUAAAUUCAAUCUCUCUGCCAAGGUUUAUGCAUGAUGUAAAGUCUGUUUCUAACUCUUGAGUUGUAAUUUCUUAUAUGUGAACACCUUGUUCAUAAUCACUAAAAGCUUUAAAAUGACACUAAAUAUUACAACCCAUAUCUUUUAGCAUUGAAGAAAAGGGACAUUGAAGGAUGAUGCUAUACAACAGUUAAGGAACAAAAGGCUGCAAAGGGUCAUCUGUUGUACCCAUAGACUUUGUUACUCACUGGAAGUGUGAAACCUAAAAAACAUAACAGCACAAUAUAAAGCACACCUCAUUGUACCUCAGCUAAGGAUUCUAAUUGGGAAUGCUUACUGUCAACAUCUCAUUCUUGGGUGCUAAUUAGACUAGCCAAAGCUAGACAACAGAUUUUAUGAGACUCCGUUUGCAGAAGUAAAAAGAUAAAAAAUGUUCACUAUGACUGAAAAUGUUUAUAGGUCUUUUUAUUAAGUUUAAUAAAUUAACUUUAUGAAUUAUUCUCUAAGAGCCUAGUUUUGAUUCUUUCAUUUUUUUCACCCCAAGGGGUACAGUGGGUUGUUUGCUGUAGCCAUGGACCUUGUUACUGACAGGAUAGCCUAAAAUUAUCAAAAUUAUUUUAUUAAAGCACAUCUCGUCAUUGAACCAAGGGUUCAAAUUGGGAAAAUGUACUUUCAGCAUCUCAUUCUUUGGUGCUAACACAGCUAGCUAAAGCUAGACAACAUGACUAAGCACAAGAUUGGAAGGGAUGGAGUUUAUGUUUCUGUGUAUCUUUUCUUGUACUUAUCUAGUUGUGCCUUUUGAAUCGGACAUUAAAAAUUAAUUAAACCAAAGCAAGUUAUUUAUAUUCUUGAAGAUAUCCUGCCUAAUCUUGUGGUAAUACAUUCUGUAACUUGUGUUUUUAUUUGACAUACAGUAUCACCUACCCCGUGAACUAACAAUGCGCUGACAGCUUUGAGGUGAGAUUUGUGCAAGGUUGGUUUCACUAGGUUACAUUAAGGUGGGUGAUUGAACUGCUAAGGAUAGCUGAACUACAUAUUCUGGUUUUUAAUGUAUUGUCAAAUUAACCAAUUUUACAAAGAUGGUUGUAGAUGCCUUUCAGAUAUCUAUUGAAACUAAAGAUGGAAAUAUAACACUGUAUUGUAUAUUCAUAAGCGUUUGGAGUUCUAGGUUCCAGUAUAUGGUUUUACCAGAAAUUAUUUUGAUGAAGAAAUAUAUUAUCUAGCAAAGAACUAGACAAAAGUGCUUCUUGGGUUAAAAGCAAGUCCCCUGUUACAUGAAGAUUUUUUUAUGUAAAGUUGAACUUUGUUGACUGUUGUUGGCUGAAGCUUUGCUGACUGUUGUCGGAACAGUGUGAUGUCUGUAGGAGGUACUGGAUUGUCUGAAGCUUUCUUCUGACAAUAUCUACCAUUUUGCACUGUGCUAUGUUUACAAGUGAAGUCCAGGAGACAGUAACAAUCAUAUACAAUGCACUGCUUAUAAACAUUUGUACAAGUUGCUUUUUUUACAAUGCAUAAAAUGCUCAUGUUGGACUUGCAUUAUCUUACUAAAAAAAUAUUAACAAUGUUUUAGGAAGGGUAAUGUUUUUCUGCAUCGUUUUGUGAUGGCUGUGGAAAAAAUCCCUGUUUUGUGCUGUUAUGUAAUUAUACAGUAUGUGACCAGACAACCAGACAUUGUCAGUAUGAUUUUGACUGUAACAAAGUAGUUCUUCCAAAUUUACUGAUUUUAUAUAUGCAGGCUCCAGAUGCAGUAAUAAUAAAGAUAACAGUGUUGGCUAUAAAUAGAGCUGUUUUGGAUCUUGUCAUUAAAGUUAAUAAAUUAAAUUUAUGAAUUAA